AGGAGAUCGAGUUGGGGAGCUUGAUGCGCAACUUGAACUACCGCAACGCGAAGAAAAGAACCGCGAGUUCCUAUGCAUUGCAAAAGUAUCGUAUUCGUAUAAAAAAUGCACUUUACAAAUUUCCUCAGCAUGAGAAAUGAAAUUUGUAAUGCGGACUCACGUUAAGGAAAAGAAAUUGCGAAUGCAUGAUUGCAAUACGAGUGCGAGACUUUUGCAAUUCAUAGUUCCGCGCUCUUGACGAUCGAAGACGACGACCGGCCGGAUUCGAAAGCGCUAUAUGGAUUGCAAAUAUGUCUGGGUCUGGAAGAAUGCAAGUUUGUCAUGCUUGUCUGGCAUGACAACUGAAGAGUUUGUGAUGCGUGUCCAAGAAGAGACCCUCUUGCUUGUCAUGCAAAACGCAAUUUGUCAUGCGGAGAGCGCAACACUAAGCAGCGCAAAUAUUUCUCAUGCUUGGCUGUGCAUUACAGAGAAUUCACUAUUCACAAUUCAGCAUUACAAGUUUCCAGACCCAGACAUAUUUGCGUUUGAUACGCUACCGGUGCGACCGAAUCAGAUCAACAACGCACAGUCGGUCGUUGGGACGGUGACGACGAACACUGCCGGCGUAUCAUGUGCAAAUAUGUCUGGGUCUGGAAGAUUGCAACUUGUCAUGCUGUUUUUGGACUCUAGAAGAAUUUGUAUUGCAUGAUCAGCAAGAGGGGACAGGGCAUUUCUCAUGCGGAAGGUGCAUCAGGAAGGGUUCUAAAAAUCUGUGAUGCUAGGGCAUACAUCACAGACAGUCAUGGGUCAUGAGAAAUAUGCAUGACAAAUCUUGCAUUCUUCCAGACCCAGACACUUUUGCAUUUGAUACGGCGCAGCUUUUAGCAACAGCGCCAAGAAUCUUUGUUCAUUAUGGAAUGCAAAAGCAUCGUACUCGUAUAAAUGCAUGACAAACUCCCUCAGCAUGAGAAAUAAAAUUUGUAAUGCGGAUUUACAUUGAGAACAGAAUUUGUAAUGCAUGACUGCGAUUAGUACGAGUACGAUACUUUUGCACAGGAUAUUCGUUCGACGACGACGACGAAGAUUUUGUCGAGCCACCGCGGCUAUGAACUACAAAAGUAUCGCACUCGUAUAAAUGCAAGCGUUGCACUACAAGUCUUGUUCCCAAGGCAAAUCUGCAUUACAAAUUUUAUUUCUCAUGCUGAGGAAAUUUGUAAUGCAUUCAUACGAAUGCGAUACUUUUGAAAUGCAUAGCGACCCGAACAUGCAGGGCAGCGAUUCGAGCCGCGCGAUUACGAACUGACCGAAACGCAGCUCUGGCUGGACGAAAAGCGGCACAAGAUGCAGAUGAAGCAGACGUAUCAAAUGCAAAAAUGUCUGGGUCUGGAAACUUGUGAUGCUGAAUUGCGCAUGAUUGCAGCGCUUCCAAUGGCAGCCAAGCAUGACAAAUUUUUGAGAGGCCUGCUGAUGCCUAGCACGCAUUACAAAUUGCGUUUUUGCAUGACAAAGCAAGCCUCUCUUUUGCUGCUCAUGCAACACAGAUUUUCUGGGAAUGCAUGACACGCAUUACAUGUUCCACUUUUCCAGACCCAGACAUUUUUACAUUUGAUAAGACGUUGAAGCAGUUUUUCAGCAGACGCAGGUACGAGCGGAAACAGCAGAAGAUAUCAACUGUAAAAAUGUCUGGGUCUGGAAGAUGAAUGCCAGACUUGUCAUGCAGAUUUUACAUGACUCAUGAGGUCUGGUAUGUAGGACAGAGCAUGACAGAUUUGUGAGAGUUCUAUAAUCAUGCCUAUCCUGCAUGAGAAACUGCCUCUCGAUUAGGUCAAAAGUGGACAGCUUUUGGUAAUCAUGCAACACAGAUUUUUGCAUGCUUCAGAUUUAGCAUGACAAGUUCACACUCUUCCAGACACAGACACUUUUGCAUUUGAUAGAAGAAGGUGGUGAGCAAAAUUGAGUACGAACAGGACCAAACGGCAUUGCGAAAGAAGAACACGUAUCCACUGCAAAAGUAUCGCACUCGUAGUAAUUGCAUUUAUGCAUUACAAAUUUCUUUUCUCAAGGCAAAUCAGCAUUACAAAUUUAAUUUGUAAUGCUGGGCUAAUUUGUAAUGCAAUUUAUACUAGUACGAUGCAAUGCUUUUGCAAUUCAUAACACACGACAGGCGGUGUCGCAACUGAAGAAAAACGCGUUUCGGUACGGGCCGGCUAGCGCCAACGUGAAAAGCGGGGAAAAAACGAAGAAGCGUACUCAUAAUUUUUAGCAAACGACUUCAUGAUGCGUCGAGGCUUUCUGUUCGAAAACCUAGGCUUGAUCUUUCUUGCAUACGCAAGCUCAAUAAGCAGUUUGAAAGUUGAACUGUUUUCUCGAAGAUUUCGCAACUCCGAAUCAAAAUGGCCUCCGCUGACUUGAUGGGCAUGGGCAUGGGGUACAUCAAUUUUCGAACGAAUAAAAGGCAAAAACACAAAAAUCUACAGAGAAAGGCUUCACGCGUCAGUCUGCGCGGGACCAUUUGUUCAUUCGGAACGCAGAGAUGGAAAUCUUGUCUACCUCCGCAAGAGACAAAUCCACCGCACCGAAAUCCGCUCUAGAAGAGGCAUUGGAAGAGGAACAAGAUGAAAUGGACAAUUUUCCUGGAAACAGCGACAGCCCGCUUCUCCUCAGCUCGCCGUCCCCCAGCUCUUCCGGAGGUUCAGACCGUGGGGGGUCUUCUUCUGCGGGUUAUUUUCCGGGUGCAUCAUCUGGUACGCCGAAACAAAGAACCAGUGGAAGUGGAAGUAGAAAGUCCGGACGAGCUUUGUUGGUGCGGAAUGUUAGUGGCACCACGGAUCGCUCGGCGGGGACUAGCGGUGGAGCAGCUUCAUCUAGUAGUGUAGGAGGAGCAGGGGCUGGUGGACUACUGCAAAACGAUCGAUCGCAGGGAGCAGGUUUGUUCAACAAAAGCAACAACGAGGACUCAUCUGCCACGAAGAUGUCCUCGCCGAAAAAGCCAAAGCUCGCUCGGAUCAGGUCGAUCAUCUCUGUGGAAGAUGGGACGGCAGGAGGACCGGACGAGGAAGAAGAAGAAGACGGCGCCCGCCCGUCCGCUCAGCGGAGGGCCACAGUGUCACCCACUUCGCGAUCGAGUCCAAGCAUCAAUGGAACUUUCACACUGUCCUAUCAAAAGGAAAUAUCUCCCCUCCCCAUAGAUAUCGAAACGAAGUCUCUGAUGCUGGAUUUCCGUACACAAAUCAAAUUUGUUUUGCAGUAGAGGACUGCAGGAAUGUGGCAAGCCUCAGUCGAGGGGUUUUGACGUAGGCGCCUAGCAUGGCAAUAAACGUGUAUUCUCUAAGCCCAACAGCAUCACAAACCGCCUGCAAAAUGCAGGAGGCUCUCUGGACUUACAGACAAGAUUUGAGGUCACAAAUGUGCAUCACAAAUUUUCAGACGGAUGCGUUUUCAAUAUGGGGAGGGGGGAUUUUUCUUUACGAUAUGUCCCCAAAUAACACGACUGGUACCUCACCGACGUCGCACCUGAACCAGCGUCAGAGCCGUGCAGGAGCUAAUCCAACCUUGCUGACAUCUUCAAGCUCAAACCAGCUCCCAAGGCCAAGAAGUCGGCCGAGCGCGAAGGACCAGAAUGAAAUUGAUAACGGGAGGAAAAGUAGACCCUCCGGGUAUGAUGCUGGUGGAAAUCGGUCCUCAAUCUUCUCCCCGACUUCGGUGAAAAAAACUUUAUCUACGCCAAAAAAGAACUACGUUGCAGCGAGCAAGCACAACACUUCAUCUUCUUCGCAACUGAUCCAGAAGAGCGUGGAGAAGACGCUCGCGGCGCAGGAGCGCGCGUUUGCUGCGAAUCCCGAUUUUCAGUUCCAGUACACAAAGAUGGAUCUGCAGUUGCAGAAUUCUCUCUCCCCCAACCGGCGAGCGACGCGGAGAACGACCAGCAAUGCUGGCAAUCUGGGUGGAAAGAAUAGCACUACUUUGCCAGCGACGCAGAAAAUUUUUUCUUCUAUGAACACCGACAAUCACCCGCCGAUGAUUCCCUCCCAGGACUUGGCAAGCCAAAUCCCAGCGCGCGAGCUGAUAUCAAAUGCAAAUAUUCCUUGGUCUGGAAGAAUGCCAGGUUUGUCAUGCAGGUUUUCCAUGACCCAUGAGGUCUGGCGUGUAGGACAUAGCAUGACAGACUCUGUGAGAGUUCUAUCAUGCCUAUUCUGCAUUGGAAACUACCUCUCGACUAGGUCAAAAAUGGACAGCUUUUGGCAAUCAUGCAACACAGAUUUUCACAUGAUUCAGAUGCAGCAUGACAAGUUGCAUCCUUCCAGACCCAGCAGACAUAUUUGCAUGGAAUAACUGAUGGACCAGAUCCACUCGAGAGUUGCGGAGAGGUACGGCGGAAAGCUUUUGCUCGAAAAUCGGGACGCGGUCACCUUUAUGCAUUGCAAAAGUAAUAUCGUACACCUACUAGCAUCAGUCGCAUGACAAAUUUUCUCAAUUAGAAGAAAGUUGAAAUCUGUCAUGCAGAUCCAGGUGAAACAUCAGACUUGACAUGCGUGAUUGCGAUUAGUACGAGUGCGAUACUUUUGCAGUGGAUAACCUUCCACGCUGGGCGCGAGGCGGAUAGAACGAAAACCGCGGCGUUCAGUAAUCGCGGGGUGAGCAACGCGGAAAUCUUACUGAAUCCGACGAAGAAACCCGGAUUAUUGCUGAAUGACGAGAGUUCUACGGCUGUGGUCGGGGGGUCCGGGUAUUUUGCGCGGAAGAGCAACAGUGCCGCUCCAGGCACUCGAGACUCCAGUCGGAAAAAUCCGGAUUUGGACGAUUUUGGCGCAAACAAAACGACUGCGUUUGCCGAUUGGCGCCUGCAGAGUAACGGGAAAGCUCGGUUUUUGCGAAAGCGGGCGGCGUCGAUGGGUAGCACGGUUGGAGCAGUGACCGGAUUCUUUGGCGGGUCGCGGGAGAGUACCUCUUCUAGGGCAUACAAGUAAAGUAUAGAAAUGUGGUGGAGAACAGGACCAGAGGAUGGUAAGUCAGGUAAAACGGGAUCGACAUCAAGUAUGAACAGGCUGUACAGAAUCAGAAUCUCAAAUAAGUUUCAGUGAUAUAAGUGUACCACAGAAAAAAGUCACAAGUUUUUCAAAGCACAUCGUUUCGCAAUUUCAUGGAAGAUCUACGUAGACAGACAAAAAUCAAAGCUUUCUCUUUCGUAGGUUUUUGUUCAAAUCAAAUACUUAAAGUGAAGAAAUGAGAAUGAUUUUAGCUGCAAAAGCUAUUGAAUCCGUAGUGCCAAAAAGAUGACUUGUCACAAUAAAGAGCACCAAAGUUGCUUCAAGAUAGACGCAAGACAAGGUGGAUGAGCAACUAGAAUUACCGUCGAGAUCAGGGCGGCAAGUAGUGUUAAUGCUUUCAUCACUUCGCUUUCCGAAGAAGGGAACAAGGC